GAAACGUGAAACGCUUAGAGCCGUUACCCCGCCGUUAAACGGGACCAGAGCCUGGCUUUCUGUAACGCCGUGCACCAACUAUACAUUCGAAGAGGAAUAGGCAAGCGAGAUCAACAUCACUCAUAUUAAUUGAGUUCCUACGAGAUUAUAUCUAUUAUCGUGCAGAUUAGAGUUAGAUUAGCGCUACCAUUUUACGUCCCUGUUCACGCAUGCGUAGUGCUUUAAAGGACGCCAGGCAAGCCGCUCGUCUCUCCAUUAGUUAAUGUAGCCGCUUAGCUAGCUGCACGUUUAGGUGUUUAACCCGGCGUCUGUUUGUUUUUUGUUGCAAUACUUAAGUCAGUCAUUUUGGGUUUAACGCUAAUAUUUUACUUCACGCCAACCAGCAAUAUCUAAAGUAAGAACCCGUUCUUAUUAUACAGUUAGUUCCUGUUAACUUUGUACUGAACCCGGUUUCUUAUUGAUCAGACCGAAGGCAGCUAACGACGCACGACUUUGGCUAAGCAGCUAGCUAAAAGUAAAUGUUAGUAGGUUUGUAGUAACUGUAUUAACGUGAUAAAAUGCCUCAAAAGCGGCGGUCACAGUCUUGGGCAGAACUGAAACAAGCUGGAAACAACAGUUUUAAGACCGGACAGUAUGGAGAUGCCAUCUCUUUCUACAGCCAAGCCAUCGAGGUGUUGAAGAAAUCGGGUCAGAAGAACCAGGAAGACCUCGGUAUUUUAUAUUCAAACCGAGCAGCCAGUUACCUGAAAGAUGGAAACUGUAGUGAAUGCAUUAAGGACUGCUCAGUAUCUUUGGAGCUGGUCCCAUUUGGGAUUAAAUCACUGUUACGCCGUGCUACUGCUUAUGAAGCUAUUGAGAGAUACAGACAAGCUUAUGUAGACUAUAAAACAGUCUUACAGAUUGACUGCAACCUGCCUGCAGCUCACGAUGGAACCAACAGAAUGACUAAGGCAUUGACGGAAAUAGAUGGACCAUCUUGGCGAGAAAAGCUUCCUCCUAUCCCGACUGUUCCCAUGCCAGUGAAAGAGAAAUUCUUGCAAACUGCAAACUCAACUGUGACUGCUCAGCAGAGCAGAAUAAACGGAAGUAAACAAGUAGGUGGUGAUAUGAAAAAGGCCAAACUGCUAAAGGAGGAAGGGAAUGCAUUUGUGAAAAAGGGACAACACAAGAAGGCAGUGGAGAAAUACACCCAGUCUUUGAGCCAAGACCCCAGUGAGGUCACAACCUACACAAACAGGGCUCUGUGCUUUCUGUCACUACAAAUGUACAAGGAAGCAGUGAAGGAUUGUGAAGAGGCUCUUCAACUGGACCCGGCCAACAUUAAAGCCCUGUACAGACGUGCCCAAGCAUACAAGGAGCUCAAGAACAAGACAAAUUGUGUGGAGGAUCUCAAUAGCUUGCUCAAAAUAGAGCCGAACAACACUGCUGCACAGAAAUUCCUUCAAGAAGUACUGAGGAUGAAAUAACUUUUUAAUAAUUUUUUUGUGUGUAGUGCGGUUUGUUCAGUGCCUCAAGUUAACCUAAUUCUCAGAUCUGCACCACUUCUUUGACACAUUCAGACUUGUUAUUUAAAGAUGGAUGUUUUAGAUAUAAAGUUGUUAUAAAGUAAUCUAAUUUCCUGCUUAAAUGUGUUGAAUCACGUUUCUAUUGUUUAACUUAGCGGUUUACAAUGGUCUUAUUCAGUCUAUUCUUGUUAAUUGUACAAAAUAGUGAGGAGUGGAGUGUAAGGGUUUGUUAUGCAAUUAAUGUAUACUUUUAAUUACAGUGCAGGGGUUUGUACAGUUAUCAGAAUUCAGAUACAUUAACUUUGAAAUGUUUUGGACAAGCAUGCAGUGCAUAUAUACUUCAUUUUUGCAUUUGGUUAGAUUAAGAUUUACAAUAACAUGUAAAACACUCCAAUUAAGCAUUUUACUGCCGACAUUAACUUGAUGGUUGUGGUCAAAAACAACCUAUACAUUUUAAUAAUUGGCUAACUGACAAUACAGUGUGUGUUUGUGAUAAGUACAGUUAUUGCUUACAGUUCAUAAAAUGAAGCCAAAGGCCUGCUUUGUUUUUAAAUAAAUAGAUUUACAGUA